UUUUCGUCGAAUAUCCCUUUGAGAUGGUUGUACUGUUGAAUUAUCAGAAAAUUUGUAAAACUUUCGAAGUUUCUUUCGAUCAUUCCAAUAUGUCCAGUGAAAUUACCUGAAUAGCAGCCAUUUUGAUUACGUUGCCCUAUGUGGCCUCGUACUCGUGACGUGUUGCAAAAUUUUCAUGAAGGCACUGUGAAGUUUUAUGUUUUCUUCAGUUGGCAAUCUAAGUCUGGUUUAGUACGCAACCAUGGAGCAUGCUCAACUCCAGAGCUCUGAUGGCACGCAAGUGAUAACCAUCAACGGACAGCAGCUGCAAGUGGUGCAAAUGAACAACUCCCCACAUAUGAUACAAGGCCCCAACGGCCAGCAGAUCAUGGUGCACACAAUACCAUCUACAGCACCUACAAUACAGGUGGCGACACCUAAUGGCCAACAGUUGCAACAACUACAAGUUUUGCCCAUAUCUGGCAUUCAAGGUGCAAGUAACAACAUACAACCCAUGCAGUUGGUGCAGACACCAGACGGACAAACAUUUCUGUAUCAGCCAGCGGCCAAUACACAGCCCACAAUAGAUCAACACCAGAUCUUGCACCAACCAGCAGUCAUCAAUUUGAAUGGUAACUUGGUGCAAGUUGCGGGGGUCGGCAACACAGUCCAACCUCAGCAAAUUGUCAAUCAGCCCAACAUUGUUAUGAUGGUGAACAACGCCAACAACGCAGCGGCAACAGAGGCCACGACGGUGGUUGAGGGGCCGGGCUCCUCCGUGGGCGGGUCUGACGAGGAACCACUGCUGUACGUGAACGCGAGGCAGUACAAACGGAUACUGAAGCGUCGUGCCGCCAGGGCCAAGCUGCACGAGCAGGGCAAGAUACCUAAAGAGAGGCCUAAAUACCUACACGAGUCUCGGCACCGACACGCAAUGAACAGGAUACGCGGCGAAGGCGGCAGAUUCCAUUCGGGCAGCCGAAAGAAUAUGAAAGAGGAACAUCUAACAGAAGAGCAGAAAGCUAUGGAGGAUAUCAAACCAGACACAGUGUCUAUCACAAUCAUACAGGAUGAUGAACCUCAGGAGCCACAGCAGACCCAGUGGAGGCGACUGGCGCCGCACCAGCCGAUCCAGUCCGCGUAGCAGAUAACCGUCGCGUACGUGGAACACACAGACUCACUGCCAAGUGAAUAACAUGAGGAUAUAGCAAUAAGUGCAGAGUGUGCGCAAGUGAAGUGAGAACAUAUUCAAAA